UUUGUACGCGGAAGACGUCAUUCUGCGCUUGAAGGGUAUUCGACAUAUUACGACCCUACCAGUAUGGCUGCCCGUCCCAACCAAAGGGCGUCCGAUCAGAAUAAUUGCUGGUGCUCAGUGGGACUGCAACAAACAUCCGCAUAGCGGUCCCCAAGUGGCGUUUGCUGCUCUGCGUAAAUAGAUUUAUCACCUUAUUGGUAUGGAAACUAAGGAUGGCGAGAACGUUACUGACCGGAAUCCUCCCAGCCUGUUUGACCUAAGUGCAGCGGUGGUCACCUCUAUCAUGGGGCUCGUGGAGAGGGAAGUGUGGGCACUUCCGGGUCCUAUACUCCAGGGCAUCUUGCCUAUGCUUAACGUCUACUACCUGGAGCGAAUUGAGGAGACUGCUGUGCAAAAAGGAUUGUCAACUCAACCUAUAUGGUGCAAGCUCUGGUGCGACAUCAUGAAAACAAGACCAUCCAGGUUUGAGAGCAUCAAGUGCUGGAGGAAGAAGUUCCUUGAAUGUUUCUUCUCAAAUGUGCUGCGUGGGACCUUGGAUGUAUCUUCAGACCAGCGCCUGAAAGAUCCUUGCUUUUCGCCUUUGCUGUAUACUUCACAGCAUGUUACCCAACUUACUAUCUACAACAUGCUUGAAGGAGUAGCAAAGCUGAUGGCCAAAGAAAACCAGGGGGUUCUAGAAAACUUGGUUGUCUCACUCAGGUCCCUGACAUUCUGUCACUUGCUCUCUUCCAGUCAGUCUACUAGACAACAGCUGAGUUUGCUUCUUCAUUACCUAAUUCAUCAUGGGGCUGUGAGCCACAUAUCAAUGAACUCUUGGCCUAAUCCUGACUCCUCACUUUUAGUUCUUAUUCUGAAAAUGAGUGCUGGGAUUUGGCACCCAGGAAAAGCACUUGUAAACCAAGCAGGCCUUUGCCAUCUGUGCAGGGAGACACCUGUUGAUCAGAGCCAAAAGUUAGACCAAGAGCAUGAACCUCAUUUGGGCUCAAACCAACUAUUGCAGAGAUUAACAGCUGGCCAACAUAGUGACAAAGAUCUGAGAAAUGAGAAACUGUCACCCAGCAUGCCACCAGGCUUUGAAAAUGCUGUGGAGCUGGCCAGAGCCGGUAGUGAAACUCUGAAUGUCUUAGUGGACUAUCACUUGAGUAGCAAUCCUUCACGAAGCAAGAUGCAGCACAGAACAAGUUCAGAGAGUUAUGCUGGAAAAGAAUCUGUUAGACUUCCUCCAGCAAAACUAUCUGAAGAUGGCUCUCUUUUAGAUGAACAUCAAAAGAGGGGAAAGGGUGCAAUAAAACGGAAGUUCAGCUGCCUUCAGAAGACCAGCAAAGGCACAAGAGACUCGGAAGAUCUUUAUGACUUUGUUUUUUCUGUUUCAAGGGAAGAAGAGGAGAAAACAUUGCUCAGCAAAAGAACAAACUUGAAGGAGGGAAGGACUUUUGUUAACUAUUCUUCUUGCCCCACAGAAGCCAGCACUACUGAUUUGGUAUACACAGAUAGACCUGUUGGGACCACUUCCAUGAAAGCACCAAGCCAUUUCCGAAGCGUGUCCACUCUGGAAAUUGUUUCCAUUCGUCUAAACCAGAAUACGUGCCAGAUGCUGGGAAAUCUGCUCAGCUCUUGGGUGUCUUUAGAAAAGCUUGUUCUGUCUUUGAAUGAAUUAGGUCCCAAUAUCUUCAGCAUCCUUUCUGGGCUCCGGGCUCUUUCUCGCCAGAGUGACUAUCAUCUCCGUGUGGUGCACAUCAGUGACAUGCUCUCCCAUGUGCCCUGCAUGAAUCUUGUUUGCUCUAUUUUGAGUGCCGUUCCAUUGCUUCAGGUGCUUUUGGUCAGUUUUGAUCUCAAAACUCUGGUGGAUUGCAGCAGGCCAGAAGAGAACCCAGGCUCAUCAUCUUUAGAAGAUGAAAUUCCAGAGAGCCAUCUGGAACAUCUUGAGAUAAGAUUUCCCAGGGAGCCUCUUCCAACAAGCCUCUUGAUACCUGUACUGAAAGCUUCAAGAUCUCUCCAGAGUCUCUCUCUAGACAGCGCUACAAUAUCUUGUCCCCAAGAGGUUGAGCUUCUCCUUCAUGCACUGAAAGAAUAUAGCCCAGUCCUGAAGAGACUGAGAUUUCAUGACAUUAAUCUUUCUCACCACUCAAAAGAUGUCCUCCUCCUACUGCAGGACCCUAUCCUUCAAGAAAUCACCUUUUCUUUCUGUCGGCUGUUUGAAAACUGUUCUAUGGAAUUUCUGUCUGAAAUAAUAAAUGUUGUGAAGAAGAACUCAUCUUUGAAGAUCCUCAGGCUCCCAGGAAAUAGACUGGGAAAUCACAGGCUGGCUGCACUGGCUGAUAUUUUUUCAGAAGAUUCAUCUGCUUCCAUUUGUCAUCUGGAUGUCAGCUCCAACUGCAUCAGACCUGAUGGGCUCCUGGAGUUUGCCAAGAAGCUGGAGAGAUACAUCGCCCCACGUAGAGAACAGGUCAAGUUCACCAAGCUUUGCCUCUCUCAAAAUUGGCUGGACCAAGAUGCUGCAAUGACUCAAGAGGCUCUUCAGCAGCUCAGAGCCAUAUGUAGUGUGGUCAGUGACACAUGGGACUCCUCUCAAGCAUUUGCUGACUAUGUUGGCAUGAUGUAACAAGUGUGCAGGGUGCUCUUUUGUAAUAAAAUUUUAUUUUGCCUUUUUAA